AUGCUCCAAUUUUUUUUGGGUCUGCGUGGGCUUUUUAUUUCCUCUCUCUCCCACGCUCGUCUCACUGCGCCGCCACACUUCUUACAUCUCCUGCAUACAUUCCCCUCCCUUUAUCAAGUGGUAGAGAAAGUCGCAGUUUCCUGGGCAGCCAUGUGUGGGAUUUUCGCGUGCCAUAACCAUCCGUCGAUAGGGACCUUCAAGACCACUGCUCUGCAGUGUGUCAAGUGCCUUCGACACCGCGGUCCUGACUGGUCGGGCAACUGGACCGGCAACAACACCAUCCUCUGCCACGAACGCCUUAGUAUUGUGGGCGUGGACAGCGGCGCACAGCCUCUGGUCAACGAUGAAGGAACAAUUGCCCUGGCCGUGAACGGCGAAAUCUACAACCACCGUAUCCUGCGCAAGCACCUCAAGACUGCGUACAACUUCAAGACUCACAGUGACUGCGAGGUCAUCAUUCCCCUCUACCAAGACUUUGACAUUGACGCCCCGAAGCACCUCGAUGGCAUGUUCUCUUUUGUCCUCUAUGACAAGAAACAAGACCGAACAAUCGCUGCCCGGGACCCCAUCGGUAUUACCUCUUUCUAUCUUGGUCGGUCUAGCAAGACACCUGGCGCUGUCUACUUUGCUUCAGAGUUGAAGGCUUUGGCUCCUGUCUGCGACGAGGUCCAGGCUUUUCCCCCGGGCCAUGUCUAUGACUCGAAGACCGAUAAGCUCACACGGUACUUUGAGCCCUCUUGGUGGGAUGAGAACAGAAUUCCGGAUACGCCCGUGGACUACAAGCUGCUCAGAAAAACAUUGGAGAAGUCUGUCCUCAAGCGUCUCAUGGCUGAAGUGCCCUAUGGCGUUCUUCUUUCCGGAGGUCUUGACUCGAGCUUGACUGCUUCAAUCGCACAAAGGGAAUCUCUCCGUCAACGAGCACUGAUCAACUCCCAGGCCAACGGCACGGUCAACGGCGACGGGCCUGAGACAGGCACCAAGCUGGUUGGUAUUGACGACGACGACGAAUUGUCAACUGUGACCUUUCUUCCUCAGCUCCAUUCCUUCUCCAUCGGUCUUCCCGACGCUCCAGACACCAAGGCGGCUAUCGAAGUUGCCAACUUCCUGGGCACGAAGCAUCAUGCCUUCACCUUCACCAUCCAGGAGGGCUUGGACGCUCUGUCAGAUGUCAUCUAUCAUCUUGAAACAUACGACGUUACAACCAUUCGUGCGUCGACACCUAUGUAUCUGCUGAGCCGGAAGAUCAAGGCUAUGGGUGUUAAAAUGGUUUUAAGUGGGGAGGGAAGUGAUGAAAUCUUCGGUGGUUACCUCUACUUCCACGCCGCUCCAAACAGGGAAGAGUUCCACAGGGAGACCGUCAGGAGAGUCAAGAACCUUCAUCUGGCCGAUUGCUUGCGCGCCAACAAGUCAACAUCGGCCUGGGGUCUAGAGGCUCGUGUGCCGUUCUUGGACAAGCAAUUCCUCGAGGUCGCCAUGAACAUUGAUCCCGCCGAGAAGAUGAUCACGAAAGACAGAAUAGAGAAGUACAUUCUGCGAAAAGCUUUCGACACCAGCGAUGAGCCCGAUGUCAAACCCUACCUACCCGAUCACAUCUUGUGGCGUCAGAAGGAGCAAUUUAGCGACGGUGUUGGAUAUGGCUGGAUUGAUGCCUUGAAGGACCACGCUGAACUCAACGUGACGGACGAAAUGAUGGCUAACCCGAAACCUGAGUGGGGCAACGACAUUCCUACUACCAAGGAAGCUUACUGGUAUCGCACCAUGUUCGACCAGCAUUUCCCUCCAUACUGCGCAUCUACUGUGAUGCGGUGGACGCCGACCUGGUCGAAACAGACCGAUCCCAGUGGUCGCGCCAUUGGCAUCCAUGUCGCCAGAUACGAAGACGCGAAGAAAUCUUGA